AUGUCACACAAACAAAUCUACUACUCAGACAAAUAUAACGACGAACACUAUGAAUACAGGUAUGUUCGCUUCCUGUAUUAACUUGGCUUGCUAGCCAGCUAACGGUAGCUACUAUUCGCGUGUGUGGUUUAUUUAAUUAGCCAGGUUCUGUUAGGGCCAAGGUAGUGGUACGGGGUAUAUAUGUAGAGUUAGAUGGUGAUGCAAUUUCUCUCUCUCCACCCCCCCCCCCAUUACCAUUUUUUGUGGGCAAAAUGUGUAGCUACUUCACUUUCCAAACUGUGAAAGGCAGCAAUACGCAAACCACACGAAUAACUAGCUAACAAACGUUGUCUCUGAACCAAAAAUGGCGUAACUACCAACAUCAAUGACUGUCGUUCCUCCUUAUAUCCUACAUUACUCCAGUAAACUGUUACUAUCUAGCUAGGUAGUUAACGAUUUGAGUUAGACUUCUUCCAUCUUUGCUGCUACUAGUAGUACUACCAAAUAUAUUUAUAACUACUUUGGUAAAGACUACAAAAAUGUGUCCACUCUGUUCGUAACAGAUUGUAGUUUUAGAAACAGAACUGUAUUGAGAUUAAAUGUUUUAUCGAGCAGAAUAUCGGCCAAAAUCCAUCUUCUCCCUCUGAAAGCCACUGGGCUUCCUCUCACCACCAUAUUUGGUAGUGAGUGGAAACGCCAACCGGAUGCUUCACAUUUAUACAUCCGGUGAAAUAUCUGUCUCAUUGUUCUAUCUGUACUACUACUCUGCUUACUUAGUUAGCGCUGGUCCAUGACGUUGUUCGGGUGCGUACUCACUGUUCUCACAUUGAGGGAAUUUUGAUUAAUGACGGACUUCAAUAUAUGACGAUGUAGGUAGAGUCUUGACAAACAUUUCUCUAUAUGCCUGGUGUCAUUUCUUCAAAAUACAAAAUAAACGACGUUUGAUUACCGCCAGAUCCAUGCGCAUGCGUCAGAUCUCCACUACAAGCAUGUGGGUGGAUUGGCGCGCUGCAGAACGACGGAGCUACAGCUUCUUCUUCUUCUGUGAUGUCAUGGCGGUCCGCAAACAAUCGUUUAAGUGCAUGCCGCCACCUACUGUGGAAUGUACGAUCAAUCAUGAUCUGCCCAAUUCUGUAUUACCUUGAAAAUAAAAUAAAAAACGAAUACAUCCCUACUAACUUCUACCACAUGUGGAAACACCACCCUUAGGAUUAUUCAGCAUGUCAACAACUAUUUCAACAGUAACAUCUGUUACCCCCAAUAUAUCUUUUGCCGUGUCCACCAUAACCUUCAACCUGCCAUUUCUGCUUUCCACAACCCGAGUCGUAUUGAUAACCUUACCAAUAAAAAUAUGAAGUAAACUUUAUUCAUUAUCAAAGUGUCCUUUAACACCGCACAUUCAAGAGCGCAAGAUUUCUGAACUCGAAACAAUGCCAGGACCAGCAGAAACACCAGCCCCGACGUUAGGUCCACUUAGUACAGGAGCAGCCAUGGAAGCUCCAACAUUCCACACGGUAGUUCCACCAAUCUGUCUUACAGCCUCUGCAUAUGAUACAUAAUGACUCAUUCUAUAUCUCUAGCCUCUCUGCACCUGGCAUCCACCAAAUGCUGCACUAUGUUCCCCCCACAAUUACAACACAACCUUUACAUUGCUCCCACGUUCACCAUAAUCAUGUUCCCCUCCACGCUUGGCACAUCUUUUCCUUCCAUUACAUUGAACAGCUUCAUGUCCCGUUCUUUGGCAUUUAAAACACCGCAAUGGGGAAGGGACAAAUUCUCUGAUAUUGAAACUAAAGAAUCCUAUAUGUACUUUGCCAGGCAAAACCUUCUCAAACCUCAGCAGCACUGAUAGGCUUUCACUUCUUGGACCUUCUUUCCUACUGAUCAACCUUUUGGCCUCGAUCCCUCUUCCUCCCUUUACAUUGUCUUUAAUAUCAUCUAUGGACAUACAGUGGCUUGCGAAAGUAUUCACCCCCCUUGGCAUUUUUCCUAUUUUGUUGCCUUACAACCUGGAAUUUAAAUUGAUUUUUUUGGGGGGGGGGGGGUUGUAUCAUUUGAUUUACACAACAUGCCAACCACUUUGAAGAUGCAAAAUAUUUUUUAUUGUGAAACAAACAAGAAAUAAGACAAAAAAACUGAAACCUUGAGCGUGCAUAACUAUUCACCCCCCCAAAGUCAAUACUUUGUAGAGCCACGUUUUGCAGCAAUUACAGCUGCAAGUCUCUUGGGGUAUGUCUCUAUAAGCUUGGCACAUCUAGCCACUGGGAUUUUUGCCCAUUCUUCAAGGCAAAACUGCUCCAGCUCCUUCAAGUUGGAUGGGUUCAGCUGGUGUACAGCAAUCUUUAUGUCAUACCACAGAUUCUCAAUUGGAUUGAGGUCUGGGCUUUGACUAGGCCAUUCCAAGAAAUUUAAAUGUUUCCCCUUAAACCACUCAAGUGUUGCUUUAGCAGUAUGCUUAGGGUCUUUGUCCUGCUGGAAGGUGAACCUCCGUCCCAGUCUCAAAUCUCUGGAAGACCGAAACAGGUUUCCCUAAAGAAUUUCCCUGUAUUUAGCGGCAAUCCAUCUUUCCUUCAAUUCUGACCAGUUUCCCCAGUCCCUGCCGACGAAAAACAUCCCCACAGCAUGAUGCUGCCACCACCAUGCUUCACUGUGGGGAUGGUGUUCUCAGGGUGAUGAGAGGUGUUGGGUUUGCGCCAGACAUAGCAUUUUCCUUGAUGGCCAAAAGCUCAAUUUUAGUCUCAUCUGACCAGAGUACCUUCUUCCAUAUGUUUGGGGAGUCUUCCACAUGCCUUUUGGCGAACACCAAACGUGUUUGCUUAUUUUUUUCUUUAAGCAAUGGCUUUUUUCUUGCCACUCUUCCGUAAAGCCCAGCUCUGUGGAGUGUAGGGCUUAAAGUGGUCCUAUGGACAGAUACUCCAAUCUCCGCUGUGGAGCUUUGCAGCUCCUUCAGGGUUAUCUUUGGUCUCUUUGUUGCCUCUCUGAUUAAUGCCCUCCUUGCCUGGUCCGUGAGUUUUGGUGGGCGGCCCUCUCUUGGCAGGUUUGUUGUGGUGCCAUAUUCUUUCCAUUUUUUAAUAAUGGAUUUAAUGGUGCUCCGUGGGAUGUUCAAAGUUUCAGAUAUUUUUUUAUAACCCAACCCUGAUCUGUACUUCUCCACAACUUUGUACCUGACCUGUUUGGAGAGCUCCUUGGUCUUCAUGGUGUUGCAGACUCUGGGGCCUUUCAGAACAGGUGUAUAUAUAUAUAUAUAUAUACUGAGAUCAUGUGACAGAUCAUAUGACACUUAGAUUGCACACAGGUGUACUUUAUUUAACUAAUUAUGUGACUUCUGAAGGUAAUUGGUUGCACCAGAUCUUAUUUAGGGGCUUCAUAGCAAAGGGGGUGAAUACAUAUGCACGCACCACUUUUCCGUUAUUUUUUAUUUUUUUGAAACAAGUAAUUUUUUGAAUUUCACUGCACCAAUUUGGACUACUUUGUGUAUGUCCAUUACAUGAAAUCCAAAUAAAAAUCCAUUUAAAUUACAGGUUGUAUUGCAACAAAAUAGGAAAAAUGCCAAGGGGGAUGAAUACUUUUGCAAGGCACCAUAGAUAUUGGGACCCCAGUGUUAGAGCUACUGCUUACCACCCUUGGUGAAAGUUGGGGGUUAACUACUGCCCUCAUCGAAGUCACGAAGUUCAAGGCCGACCGCGGUUCUGCAGGCAAUCUUUGUGUUAAUAACAAUUUCAAAGACAACCAUGGAACCAAUAAUUGCUUCUAUUACACGAGAUGUAUGUCCUGAUUAUUUAAAAAAUCCCACAAAGAGGAAGUUAUAAGGAUAAUUUAGUAGCUAAUGGUAGCCUGCAGUACUCCAGUCAGCCUUUAACUUGAGACACUCAAUGAGAGGGGGCAACACUGAGCCAGCCUGCAACAAUAUUUCUUGAAGUAGCUCAAGCUAAUCAUUUUAUGUCUACAUAAAUCUCCCAUUGAGUCUUCACAUAAGAAUGAAUGGUGUCACGGGAUCGAUGGCUUUGUCCAUUCAUACAGUCAUUGAUGAAAGUUGGAAGUUUCAGCUUUCAAUUGAUAAUUCCAUUGAUUACCGGUCCAUGAUUGGAAGUGGUGGUCUAGCUAGCUACUUUAACUGUUACCUACCAAUAUCUAACGUUGAAUCUUAGCAUCUUUUAUUGUUCCAUUCAGUUGGAUAGGCCUAGCUAGCUAUAGUCUAAAGAUGAACUCGCACUGGUUUUAGGUUAUAAAGUACAUAACCACUAACCAGUACUUUUAGAAAAUAUUCAAACUAUAUGGACUUUGAAUACGUUAUUUAUUACAGUAAAAAUGUGUUUAGUGUUGCUCUACUUGUUCUUUCAACAGACAUGUUCUGUUGCCGCGGGAGAUGGUGAAACAAGUCCCCAAAUCCCACCUGAUGUCUGAGGAUGAGUGGAGGCGAAUGGGAGUGCAGCAGUCUCUUGGAUGGGUGCACUAUAUGAUCCAUGAACCUGGUUUGUACCCUCAAUGCUUUGUCUACGCCACAUUGAUCAUGUCUCAAGGCAAAUAGCCUGGUCCCAGGUCUUGUGUUUUCUUGCCAAUUUUCCGUUGACGGUGAGUGACCCAUAGGAGUUGGCAAGACGGCACAAACAGAUCUGGGACCAGGCUAAGCAUAGGCUAAAUGUAAAGGGUUUGUAAUUUGUAAGUCACAUAUUUUUUUUUUUCGAUUCUUUCAGAGCCUCACAUUCUGCUGUUUAGGCGACCACUUCCGAAGAACUGA